AAGAACUCAAAGUGUUCCGCAAUAACACAGUUUGCGUGGCUUAGGAGGUUGAAACUCUUGUAUUUACAUGCUUCCUUGCGUUAUGAAGUUAUUAUAAACACGCGUUACUCCCAGUGGUUACUCCGAUUACUGCUUGGUCCAUUUUUACGUCCGCUUUGUUGACGUUAUGCACGUCCACCAUCCCAGCAUGCACCGCGAGGUCUGCAGUAUAAUAUUGACAAAGAAAAACGGCUGGAGAGAAACAACAACAGGGUGGGAACGGAGCGCACAGACCCUGGUCAGAGCAUUGACAUUACACGAGCCCUUGUUCUGACAACAAGUAUCGCGUCAUGGCUAUAAGAAGCUGAGUGCCAUUUCUACCUAAAGGGAGUUUACCCAGCUUGAUAGUUGGUAGAGAGAGUUGGGAGGGCCCAGGUAGACCGUGGACGGGGAAGAAGAAGAGCUCAGCUGGAGCCAAUGCAGCAGCAGCAUCGACAGCCUGAGCUAGUGGAAGGAAGCCUUCCCGUGUUUGUGUUCCCCACUGAGCUCGUCUUCUACGCAGAUGAGCAGACAUCUCACAAGCAGGUGCUCACCCUCUACAACCCCUAUGAGUUUGCCCUCAAGUUUAAAGUGCUCUGCACAGCGCCAAACAAAUACACUGUGGUGGAUGCCACUGGAGCGGUCAAGCCACAGUGUUGUGUUGACAUAGUAAUCAGACACAGAGAUGUGCGGGCAUGCCAUUAUGGGGUGUACGACAAGUUCCGACUACAGGUGUCAGAGCAGAGUCAGCGGAAAGCUCUAGGUCGCAAAGAGGUGACGGCGACGCUCCGUCCCUCAGCCUCUCAGGAGCCACCCAGUCCUCGGCCCCAAGAUGAGGAACGUAGGAUCAAAGAGCAGUUUGCAGACAGCGAGUUCUUUGAACAGACUGCAUUUCAGACGGAGAGCCGUCCUGUUGCCGGUGGACCCAGUGUGCUGACAGUGCUACUUGGGCUGGUGUGUAUAGCCGCCCUGAUGCUCCCGACACAGGGGGAGCAAGAAUCUACUGUGCCUGUCUACCUCCAUUUAAGUGUUAACAAGAAACUUGUAGCUGCUUAUGUUCUUGGUCUUCUUACAAUGGUCAUCCUACGCACAUGAAGUGCUGUGAGCUGAAGGGAAGGAGAGAAGAUGGUCUAAAAGGUGGAAGAGAACAUGUUCACACCAGAGGUGCUCCUACAACUCAGAGGAGAGGUGACAGUAGGGGGAUGGGGUACUUGUUUAGUUCACCGUGUCUCCAGAAAAACAUAUUUUUGGCAUACUCAUUUUUAAAUUCACCCUUUUGUGUUAAUACAUAUGUUGACACAAUACUGAACUAAUGCAACAGUAGAGACCUCUGAUGUGUGAGUCAAAGUAAUUUACAAGGAGCUGUCUGUGAAGAAACAUGAGGCCUUUCACAGUGUGGUUUGGCCUCGUAUUUCCAUUGCCAUUAUAUAACAGAAUAUGGUUAACUUGAGUGUGAAGGAAUCUACAUGCAAACAUGUAUAUAAAGCCAUUCAAGUUUUGUUAUAGUAUUCACCUAUAACCACCAAUUAUACAUUAUAAAUCAUUUUUAGUGUAGACUAAAUGCAGUUAUUUGCACGUGUGGAUAUCUGAAAUUUUUUCAGUAGUAGGAUACUUUUACAUGUCACAAAAGGAAACAUUUUCUUUUGAAGAUAAUGGUUUGCUUGCCAUACUAUGAUCAAUGCUCCAUCAACCGUUUAAUAAAGUCUCAUUACGCCUG